AAUUCAGAAGACUCAAGUACAACUGAAAAUUCUUUAAAUAGGAAUUCAAAUUUGGAAUCACCAUGGAAAUUAUAUAAUCCUGAUGAAUGGAAAAAAUGUCCCAUGGGAUGUUUACCCAAUGGAUUAAUACCCUGCUUAGAUUUCUCACUUGAUUUAGAUGGACCAAGUAUUUUUAUUCCUGAGCCAUUCAGGGAUGAUGUUGACAUGGUGUAA